CAUUUGUAAUACAAGUCGUCAGAGUAAGUAUUAAGAGCAAACAUGCCGCCGAAAUACAAGAAAAAGAGUGCCUUCUACUAUUUCCUUGAGUACGUGAAGACUGCAAAGCGCUACAAGAGUUUGGCAUACGCACAGGACGAGGCGGAUAAAAGAUGGAAAUUGAUGACUCCCGAGGAACGGUUGCCGUACCAGGAGAAAGCGAAACGCGAUGCAAAUCCGAACCUGAACUUGGAGAAUGAUAUGAUUCGUCUUGAAAGGGAAGAAAAGGAGGCUACCCUAAAAAAUCAGAACGACAUGAAGCAUCUAAUAAACAAACUUGUUCAGAGCAACACACUGACCAGUGAGUAUUUCCAUAUACUGCAUUUCAAUACCUUUUGCUAUUGUGACUCCAACCAAAAACACUAUCCAGCUGAGGUAGCAAUGGUUAGGUUUAAUUUAAAUGAAGGCAUAGAGGAUGGCAAUAUGUUCUCCAGUAUAAUCCAACCUGGCCGUAUUCCAAUUGGAUACACUCUGACAGUGAGACAGAAAUCUGGGGAAACCCACCAAAUUCCUGAACCAACAAUUGAUUCUGAGUGCAAUUUAAAAUUUAUCAUUUCCAAAUUGUAUGAGAUAAUGGCUGCUAAUCAGAAUUCAACCACCAAGGAAUAUCCACCCAUUUUUGUUCGAGACUGUGACAAAACUGAAACAAAUCAGAUUUUAAAUCAACUCUGUGCAGAUUAUUCUAUUGACAGACAAGCAUUUCGUAUAUAUUCCUUGCAAUAUUUCUUCUUCGUAUUGCGUAACGCUCAUAGAGAAGUAUGGCCAUCAUUGUCUCAAAGCAUAACGGAAAUCGAAAAGGAUUCGUACGAUUGCAUUCCAAAUCUGUCAUGUCCGUAUCACAAAGAUACUUCGGCAUUCAUUUACUGCAGCGAAUGUAUCGUGACGAGGAUGGUUUACAUCAUCUGUGAUAAUUGUUGCGCUCCUUGGAACAUCACGAUGAAACCAGGAAGACAUAUUCCCUUCAACAGUUUGUGCGUAAAACCAGCCGAUGUUCGUAGGGACGAGGAGUUUCUGGAGAGAAGAAUAAAUCAGCUAAGCGUCGCCGCGCCUGAAACGGAGUCGAGCGAUAGCGAUGAUAUAGUUGAUUUGCGUAAUAACUUAUCAUCACCACGUAGGGAAAACGUAACAUAUUCCCAAAUGGCUGUGGCUGGUAGACCAUCUACUUCUGGUAGUUUUGCACCAUUGCGAAGACCAACCACUACCUCGCUCAGUGUUUCCGGAAUGUAUAAUUUUCUGGGAAGCGGUCGUGGCAGAGGAAUUAUUAGAAAAUAAUUAGCUGACAUAUUCCUCACAUUGACCAUAAACAAAAUAAUCUGGGUUUGACAUAUUUAGU